UGAAGCGGAAGCCAAUCCAGAAACGUCCAUUAUAAUUCAUCCUCCACUGUCCCAGCCCGGUCACAAUGGCGACUGAUCACAAAUCAAUUCUUGUUCCCCCAAAGCGGGCCAAUACAGACUACCCGCUAAUUGACUCCGACCCGCACUUGAGACGAGUUUUCGGAUAUGCACGACCCUCUGACUACGCAGUGGGCGGCGGAAUGGCCGCUGCGUCUCCUCUUGCGUUCUGGGUUAUGGAAAGAGUGAGCCCUUCUCACGUCGGCAGGGGAGGGUUCGCUCCUGUGAUGCGCCUAGCAACAGCCAUUGGCCUUAUUGGAGGUCUCCACGUGGUCUAUCAGAGAUCCUGCAACCGCUUCUAUGGCUUCACGGAGAAUUCGAGGGAAGCUGAUAUGGAUAUGAAGGAGAUGGUGGACAAAGUCAAGAAAGGGGAAUCCCUAUAUGGCACAUCUAAAGUCUCUUCAUACCUGCAAGGCGUUGCUGCUCGAAACUCUAGAUACUCUGAGCUGUUCAUCCAUGUUCUUCCAUGGUUCAACCUUGUCAACCAUGACCAGCAUGGCGUCGACACGGCCAAGUACUAUCAGCAGGCCGAGCGGGAGCUGGAAGCCGAGCGGUUGAAGCAAGCUAGCUCCUAAACUUGUGACAUGAAAGACGGUAUAAGGAUCGGCUCGUUAACGUUUCAUUGGCUCUUGCGCUAUAUUGUAUAUUUAGUUCCUGAAACAACGCAAAACCUAAAUGGAACCUUUUCCUCACUUCACCUUGAUCGCUUCUACACGACAUCGAAGAUGCUUAGCCCUCAGCUUCCUUCAUUGUGCGGCCGUUCGACUAAGUACAACCCGUUCCCGCUCAGGGUGUAGGGGAGGCAAUGAG